AUGGAUCCCGUGGAAUCUCAAGAAGCAGUACCUCUGGUUUCUGGGGAUUUGACGGUAGGACGACCGAGGAAUCGUAGUAGGGAUGUCCAUAUAUUGAGCUGUGCUUUCCUAUUGAUUUUGUUGGCUUAUGGGGCUGCUCAGAAUUUGGAGAGCACGGUGAAUUCGGAGGGAGAUUUGGGUACUUACUCGCUGGGCAUACUGUAUCUCUCAUUGACCUUUUUCUCUUUAGUGGCUUCUCCGGUGGUUCAGAAACUCGGGUCCAAGAAUGCUCUGGUUCUUGGAACUACUGGUUAUUGGCUCUUCAUUGCUGCAAAUUUGAAACCAUCCUGGUAUACCAUGGUGCCGGCUUCUUUGUACCUGGGAUUUGCUGCUUCAAUAAUCUGGGUUGGACAGGGAACAUAUCUCACUUCCACUGCACGCUGCCAUGCAGAAGACAACUCUUUGCAUGAAGGGACGGUCAUUGGUAACUUUAAUGGGGAAUUUUGGGGAAUUGUUGCCAGUUAUCAGUGCAUCGGGAAUCUGAUAUCACUAGCUCUGUUGAAAAAUGGAAAGGGAGGAAGUACCAGUGGAACGACACUAUUAUUCAUCAUCUUCCUUGUAAUCAUGACCUUGGGUACCAUGCUGAUGGGCUUUUUACAUAAAAUGGAUGGUAAAGGGGAGGAAGGGCUACCAAAAUCAUCUGAAAGUUUCUUUUCCUCCAUGUUUUCUUUCUUUAAAAAGGUCAUCGCUCCAUUGCUUGACAGGCGGAUGCUGUUGAUCAUCCCUCUUGUCUCAUAUUCAGGCUUGCAGCAAGCAUUUGUUUGGGCUGAAUUUACCAAGUAUGUUGUAACGCCAGCACUUGGUGUCUCGGGUGUAGGUGGUGCAAUGGCAGUUUAUGGGGCUUUUGAUGCAGCAUGUUCAAUGACUGCUGGGCGAUUUACAACUGGUCUUCCAUCAAUUACCUUGAUAGUUUCUGGUGGAGCUUUAAUUCAGGCCAUUGUACUGCUUUCGCUUUUGUUGAAUUACAGGUUAACUAGUGGAGUACUAGGCCUUGUAUACCUACUUCUUAUGUCAGCAAUGUGCGGCAUCGGUGAUGGGGUAUUUAACACACAGCUGAAUGCUCUGUUUGGAAUGCUAUUCAGGCAUGACAUGGAAGGGGCAUUCGCACAACUGAAGGUUUGGCAGAGUGCAUCGACAGCACUUGUGUUCUUUCUGAGCCCAUACAUAACAUUGCAGGCAAUGUUGGUGCUAAUGCUUGCUGCUCUAUUUCUUUCAAUAGCUGGGUUUCUGUUUCUAACACUGCGAGUGGAGAAGGCUUUUUCUUCCUCCGGAUCUUGAUAUUGGCAAUU